AUGGCUACCCAAGACCGCAAGCUUCCCUUGGGAAAGAUUGAACCCAACUCUCUCAAAUAUUUCCUCAGCUGUGGUGCUGGUGGUAUUAUCGCCUGUGGACCUACCCACACGGCCGUCACACCCCUCGAUCUCGUAAAAUGCCGUCGCCAAGUGGACCCUAAGAUCUACACCUCAAAUAUUCAAGCAUGGCGCACCAUCUUCUCCAAAGAAGGCCUGCGCGGCGUCUUCUUCGGCUGGUCGCCCACCUUCCUGGGCUACUCUAUGCAGGGCGCCGGAAAGUACGGUCUAUACGAGUACUUUAAGCACCUGUACGGCAACCAAUUGUUCCCAGAAACCAACCGCACACUAGUCUUCCUAGGCGCCAGUGCCUCGGCUGAAUUCUUCGCCGAUAUGGCUUUGUGUCCCAUGGAGGCAAUCAAGGUUCGCAUGCAGACCACACUUCCUCCUUAUGCCUCUGGGCUCCGGGAGGGCUGGGGCAAGAUUGUGGCGAAGGAGGGCUUCGGUGGGUUGUAUAAGGGUCUGUAUCCGCUUUGGGCGAGACAGAUCCCCUAUACCAUGACUAAGUUCGCGACUUUCGAGGAGACUGUUAAGUUUAUUUACUCGAAGAUGGGUAAGCCUAAGGAGGAGUAUGGCCAGUUGACCCAGACUGGUGUCAGUUUCCUGGGUGGUUACAUUGCUGGUAUCUUCUGUGCUGUUGUCAGUCAUCCAGCAGAUGUUAUGGUCAGCAAGCUGAAUGCUGAUCGCAAGGCUGGCGAAGGCGCAAUGACUGCCGUGUCCCGUAUCUACGGAAACAUUGGAUUUUCCGGUCUUUGGAACGGCCUACCAGUUCGAAUUGUUAUGCUUGGAACCUUGACUGGUUUCCAAUGGCUCAUUUACGACUCCUUCAAGGUGUUCCUUGGUCUUCCAACCACUGGAGGGCACUAG